AUGCAUUUCACGGAUGCCAGAAAAAGCCGCCGAGCAGUCGCGACGACUGUUUUGGCCGGCAUCCUUCUAACGAGUCCCGCCUGGGCUGCACCAUACGUUGCGCAAAGUGACCCGUUCAAGGUGCUCGAUCCGCAGAAUUGGGUGAACCCAGACAACAUGACCUGGGAUGACUACAAGCAACCACCCAAUACAUCCUGGAAUGAUCCGACCCGCAAGGGCCUAAAUCGGAACUUCAACAUCGCGCUCGUUGCCGUGGAUUAUCCAGACGAGCCUUUCGUCAUCACUCUACCGCCUAAUUCGACCGUAUUCGGUAACCCACUACCAAUUGUAUCCGGACUCAAUCGUUCGGAGGUCCCAGCUUUCUAUCGCGACCUUCUCAAUAAACCUAGCGACCUCAAUCACAACCAUACUCUUCAUGAAUAUUGGAUGGAAGAUUCCGGUGGCCGCUUUGGCGUGGAUUUAACCGCUUUCGGAGCUUACCGAUUACCUAGCCGUUCAUAUCAAUACGGCGUGGAUGACGAAAAAGGUGGAUUCAACGAGGGAGCUUGCCCCUCAGAAGGGCCAUGUUCGAUUGACCUGCGCACUGAUGCUUUGGGAGCCUGGCGUGCUGACGUAGGUAACGAAACUGCGAAUUCUUUCGAACUGGUGUUCAUCCUCUCCGCUGGCCAGGACGAGUCGUCCACAUGGCAGGAAUUCGGAGAAAUGAAAUUUCAGACAGCGGAUGACGUUCCGGAUGAAUUUGGACCUCCGAAUAAUGAUACACUGCCUAAUUACGCUCAAACGAGAUAUGUGAAUUGGACUUCUUGGGCAUCAGCUAGCACCAUCUGGCCGAAUGCUGGCGGUGGUUCGUCUACACAGGCAGAAAGUUCGGGUAUGUCAACUUACGCUCAUGAGUUGACGCAUUUGCUCGGUAUUGGGGAUAACUACAACAACCCGUAUGGCGACCCGCCGCGUCGCGCAUAUACGGGCCCAUGGUCUAUGUUAUCCAGAGGUAGUUUCAACGGUCCAGGCGGUCCGCACACGCGUUGGCAGAUCCCUGCAACACAAGGAGGAUCUCUUGGUUCUUUGCACACGAUGGGCGAUAAGAUGCGCAUAGGCCUAGUCGAUAACUCCAGCGUACUCAUGGUAUCCCGCGAAGCACUCGCGAGUUCUGGACCCGUCGUAGUUGAGAUUACUGCGCGAUGCAUCAAUCCCGAUGAAACGGAGUUAAUGGGCGUGCACGUCAUUCUCGGCGACGACCUCUCACCCUUCUGUAACGCAAGCACCGACGCGCUCUGUGAUGGCGGCGGGUACAAUAAUUACGAUAUCGAAGUAAUCGACCGCAUGGGCGCCGAUUCAUUCACACCAGACUCAGGUGUUAUGAUCAGCAAGACGAAAGAUCAAGACAACGCACCCUUCCAGUGGACCAUUGACGCCAAUCCACAGGACAUCGAUGUUGUUGAUUUUUACAGGCCCGAUGGAUCCCCGUCUGUGCUAACAAUCGGUGAUUAUCGACAACUUGCUGAUGCGUUAUUCCACGCCGGUACGCGUUCCGGAAGUGAAUUUGAAUACGUCGAUGAGCCGAACCGGCUGCACUUCUACAUCCUCGAAAUCCGGCGCGACGACGCUGGUGUCCUACACUACACGGUGGGCGUACGCUCGCUCGAUGGUAGUGGGUCGAAUACCUACGGCGUCAAGCUUAGUGCGGGUGAAGUUGCGGAGGGCACGCAAGCUCGAGCCGCUGCUAAUAACGGAGUAACAUGCGCGUUCCACUUGACGAACUCAGGGACUUAUGUGGAAAGGAGUACCGCACAUCCGCAGGACUUGUCGAAAUAUUUGACUUCGGAUAUAUAUAGACUCAGCGCAGAGGUUGAUGGCGAAGGUUGGCAAGUCGAGCUGCCCAAUGCGCUGGCUACAACGGAGUUCAAUACGUGGACUACAGUUAAUGUUGCCGUCGGCGCAGCCGCUAAUGCUGCCAGCAAUGCGGUUGUGAAGCUGACUGCUACGUCCGAGUCUAAUCCCUCGGUCGCUCAUUUCACGAAGCUCGUUUGUCUUUUCGACGUUUCACAUGUCAAUACUCAUAUUCCAACAACAGCAACGAUGUUUGGCUCAGGCAACAAAUUCGACCCCAACACCGACAUUCCCGAUCUAAGCGACCGGGUCUGCGUCGUCACAGGCGGCAGCGCAGGCAUCGGCUUCGGUAUCUCGGCGCACAUCUUACAGCACAAUGCUUCAAAGCUGUACCUCCUCGGCAAGAAAGAGGAACACCUAGCCGAAGCCCAAGAAAAACUUAAAGAGUACGGCGACGUGUCGCGCGUCGAGUUCAUACAAUGCGAGCUUGAGGAUCUAAACCACACGGAUGAAGUGGCGAAAAAACUAGCAUCGAAACUAGACCGUCUGGAUGCACUUGUUCUAAAUGCGGGUCUCGGCGUGGGGAAGUAUGGCGAGACGCGCGAUGGGAUCGAGAGCCACAUGCAAGUCAACGUAAUCGCACAGCACCACCUCGCUCGCGUGCUCCUGCCGAAGCUUAUUGCUACGCGCGAUAGUCGUUUAUGUAUGCAAUCAUCCGAGUUGCAUCGCAUGGGGACCGACGGUGUUGAGUUCGCGAACGUAGCGGAGCUUAACCAAGACAUCGGGGCGCAUGGGCUAUACAGUCGCUCAAAGCUUGCGCAGAUACUUUUGUGUAAGGCACUUUACCGCCGCAAGAUGCGCGGAGAGCUCGGUCUAGUGCCGGGAAUGUCGCCGUGGAUUAACGCUACGCACCCGGGUGGCGUGGAUACGGAUCAGCUGAACCAGGCUAAGGAUGCGUAUGGAACGGUACGUGCGCUACUGGUUGAGGCCGGGAGACAUCUCAUGAAGGAUCCUGUGGACUCGGGAUGUCGACCGAUGCUGUUCGCCGCGACGAGCGAUGCGGUGGUGCAGGAGAAGAUUGAUGGGCAGUAUAUUGUACCGGAUCGUAAGGUCUCGGAUGAAAGGUGCUGGAAGUUGGUGGAAGGCAUAUUAAAGGAGAAGUUGGGGACCUUACCCUGUGAGUCUAAUUAG